CAAGGAACUCAUUGUGUAGACUUGCAUGUCUUCCUACCUAGAUCUUAUCACUUCUCGAUUUUCCAAGCUCACAUCUUCUAGUUCAACCGAAACGUCUUGGAUCACAGAAAUGGUGUCCUGCUAUCAAAAAAUGGCAAAGAGCACUGGUGCAAUCAUCAUCCCUGCAUCGUCGCUUUCCAGUUCUCCCUCCGAUCUCCUGGCCUGGCUUACUGCAUCUAGAACUCACGAAAUAACUGGGAAAGGCGUGAAAAGAAUCACUUCCAAAAGCGAAGUGAUCACGAAAGGGACGGGAGGUGGGAGUUUAAUAACCCUGCUUUCCAUGGCGCAAUGUAAUGGCGUCCGAUGGCUAUGGAAUCCAGAUAAGAAUUACAUGGUAGCCGCCAAAGCCAACGAAACCCCCAAAAAAAAGAAAGGUAGUUACUGGCGCAUUUUUUGGGGGUUUAAGAAGGUGGAGGACUUGGGCACCAUGACGAGUCUAAUUGGCGUAUCAAACAUCGCCAUUGUCACCCGCUCCAAUCCCUCAAUCACAAUUGUUAUGCCUUGGAUUUCGUCUAUGAAGAAUACGCACCUGCUCCCAAUGCCAUCGCCGCGAUAA